AUGCGGAAAGGCUACCUCAUAUUCAUCGUCGUCAACUUCUUGAUAGUCGCUUUCCUUGUGCGCAGUGUCUUUACCCUCCUGACACUUCUCAUCGAAGAUGCCUCGGCUGAUGCGAUUCGCCGUUCGGACCUCCCUUCGCCGAAUUCGAGUCUAAUUGAGACCCGUCCGCAGCUUAUUCCUAAGAUCAUACAUCAAACAUACAAGAAUGAAUCAAUUCCUGCUAUGUGGCUUGGUGCUCAGCAGAGCUGUAUCAAGCUCCACGCGGAUUACGAAUACAAGCUUUGGACGGACAUGAAAUCAAGGGAUUUCAUCGCGAAAGAAUACCCUUGGUUCCUAGAGACUUUUGAUAACUACCCGCACAACAUUCAGCGAGCGGACGCGAUUCGAUACUUCGUCUUGGCACAUUAUGGUGGAACCUACAUUGAUCUAGACGAUGGUUGCAACCGUCGCCUUGAUCCUCUCCUCUCCUACGGUGCUUGGGUCCGCCGCACAGCGCCCACAGGCAUCUCCAACGAUGCCAUGGGAGCUGUCCCCCAACACCCUUUCUUCCUCCGUGUCAUUGACUCCUUACAAGCGUAUAAUAAGAACUGGGCGCUACCGUACAUCACCGUCAUGUAUUCGACUGGGCCGCUCUUCCUCUCCGUCAUCUGGAAGGAAUACAUGCUCUCCGAACCCACCAUGGCCGAUCGAGUGCGCAUACUCAUGCCGGACGAGUAUAACCGGCAUUCAUGGAGCUUCUUCACACAUCAUCAGGGCAGCAGUUGGCAUGGCAAAGAUGCCAGGCUCAUCUUUUGGAUGGGCGGCCACUGGAUGCUUUUGACGGCCCUCGGCUUCUGCCUCGCUGGCAUACUCGGCUUCUGCCUCUGGUGGGCCUAUGGCCGCCUCCUCUUCUACACCUCCCGCUGCUACCGCUACUCACCCCUUUCCAGGCGGCCACCGCCACCGCCACCGCACCCACCGAUCCCACAACGCUCCUCAUCCUUCUCACCCUCUCGACGACCUGGCGGCCGGUUAUUCCCAGGUUGGCUGCGCCGACAAAGUCCUGCGAAGCGUCGCGGUGACGAGGAGAUUGGUGGGUAUGCGGAUGUCGCAUAUGAACUCCUCGGUGGACGCAAAAGUGGCAGUAUCCGAAAGGAAUGA